AUGCGUAGUUAUAAUCUUGUUCUACAAUCAACAGGUAUAAAAAAUUGUACAAAAUCUAAAAAAUCUGCAAAAGAGAUCUGGGAAUGCUUGUUGGACGAAGAAAUGCUCAAUAUGAUUACCAACUGUACCAAUAUAAAAAGACAUUGCACCCAAUUUCAACAGGGACAGGGACGCUGAACCUACCAAUAUUUCUGAAAUAAAGACGCUAAUUGCUAUUCUUUAUCUUUCCGGAGUAAGCAAGACCAAUCAUUUGAAUUUGAAGGAUCCUUGGAGAGGGGAUGGCACCGACAUUGAAG